AUGGGUUGUUUGAUGAGCAUUGACGAAAAAGCAGCUGUGGAACGAUCUAAGAGGAUCGAUGCAUCCCUUAAAAGUGACGGUGAAAAGAUGGCAAGGGUGGCUAAGCUCCUACUACUUGGUGCAGGAGAGUCAGGGAAAAGUACUAUAUUAAAGCAACUAAAAAUAAUUCAUCAGUCCAGUUACACCCAAGAGGAAUGCUUACUAUACAAACCUGUUGUUUAUAGUAAUACAGUUCAGAGUAUGAUAGCUAUCAUACGAGCUAUGGGUCAUUUAUAUAUCAAUUUUGAGAACGAAAGCAGAAUAGAUGAUGCACGACUUCUGUUUGCACGUGCUCAUGAGGCUGAAGAAGGUUAUUUAUCCACUGAAGUAUACACAGCUUUGCAUCAACUUUGGAACGAUGAGGGUGUGCAACGGUGCUUCAGACGUUCAAGAGAAUAUCAACUAAAUGAUUCAGCACCCUAUUUUUUUAAUUCACUGGACAGACUGGCUCAGCACGAUUACAUACCAAGUGACCAAGAUGUAUUAAGAACGCGGGUAAAAACCACGGGUAUACAGGAAACCCAAUUUUCUUACAAGAAGAUUGAAUUCCGGCUAGUGGACGUGGGUGGACAGAGAUCGGAACGUAAAAAAUGGAUUCAUUGCUUUCAGGAUGUAACGGCGAUUAUAUUCGUUGUUGCACUAAGUGAAUAUGAUCUUGGUUUGGCUGAAGAUCAGACAACUAACCGAAUGAUUGAAUCGAUGAAACUUUUUGAUUCCAUAUGCAAUAAUAGUUGGUUUAUUGAAACUAGUAUGCUUCUAUUCCUUAACAAGCGUGAUUUGUUUGAGCAGAAAAUUUCUUACUCUCCAUUGACUAUUUGUUUCCCAGAAUACACUGGAGAAAAUAGUUAUCAGGAAGCUGGCCUUUAUAUACAGACAAAAUUUGAAGCCCUCAACAGGCAGACGACAAAAGAAAUUUAUACACACUUUACAUGUGCUACAGAUACUACUAAUAUACAAUUUGUAUUCGAUGCUGUUACGGAUGUUAUUAUACGAAGAAAUUUAAAACUAGAUGGACUUUUGUAA